AUGGGUCUACAUAAUUGGUUUAAGAACAAACUGUGUGGGGGGAGUUUAGGACAUCAGAGUCCAGACAUCGCGACAUCUCAUGGUCUAGCAGGGCUCCUCUGCUUCGCUCUCAUGGCCGCGGCGGCCAGCGCGAGGCAGUUCCAGGUCGGCGGCGACAAAGGGUGGAGCGUGCCGGACGCCUCCGCCGAGCCGUACAACGCGUGGGCUGGGAGGAUGCGGUUCAUCAUCGGAGACCAGCUCCUGUUCGUGUACCCGAAGGAGACGGACUCGGUCCUCGUCGUCGACCAGGCCGCGUACAACGCCUGCAACACCACGGCGUACCUGACCAAGCUCGAGGGCGGCAGCACCGUCUUCACGCUCGACCGCUCCGGCCCCUUCUUCUUCAUCAGCGGCAACGGCGCGAGCUGCAUGGCCAACCAGAAGCUCAUCGUCGUCGUGCUCGCCGCAAGCCACACCCCGCCUAGUCUCUUGCCUACUCCGCCCUCCAUGCCGCCGACGGCCGCCGCGCCGGAGCCGAGCCCGUCGUCUCCUCCAUCCAUGCCGCCGACGGCCGCCGCGCCGGUGCCGAGCCCGUCGUCUCCUCCAUCGAUGACGCCGCCAUCCGCGGCCCCGGUGCCGAGCCCCACGUCACCUCCUUCCAUGGCGCCACCGUCCGGCGCACCCAUGCCGUCUCCCUCUGGCGCUCCCGAAUCUGCACCAUCUCCGACAAGCUCAGCUCCUGGCGCUGCUCCGGCGGCAACUCCAGGAUCAUCUCCUCCUGCGCCGCCGGGUACCCCGGAUACUCCUCCAGGCUCGCCAGGUACCCCUGGAGGCGCGCCGCAGCCGCCGUCCGACUCCAACCCGCCGCCGGGUGACGGGUCGAGCUCGACUACGCCAGGCAGCGGUGCUGCUCAUGUCACGGCCGGCCUACUCGGCACGCUUGCAGCAGGCUUCGGCUACGCCAUGCUGGCCAUCUGAGUUCUGAUUGUGCGAGUGUAAAUUGGGGGAUGCCACUUUUACUGUGCAGAUGAUUUGCCUUUCUGAUUGUUUCGAUGUUGGAAUUAUAAUAAGAUAUAUUCAGAGUGUGAGCUACCAGGCUAAGUACAUGUUC